UUGCUUUGUGGCGCUUUCCGCGGGGAACUGUGUGAGGGGUGGGGGAAACUUUGAAAGUUGGAUGCUGCAGAGCCGGCAUGGGUAGCAGGAAACUAAGACGAGUGGGUUUAUCACAAGAGCUGUGUGACCGUCUGAACAGACAUCAGAUUGUUACCUGUCAGGACUUCUUAAGUCUUUCCCCACUGGAGCUUAUGAAGAUGACUGGCCUUAGUUAUCAAGGUGUCCAUGAACUACUGUGCAUGGUCAGCAGGGCCUGCGCCCCACAGAUGCAAACGGCUUAUGAGAUAAAGAUGCAAAGGUCUGCUGCUCUCUUGCCAGCAUUCUUAUCCACAACGCUUUCUGCUUUGGAUGAAGCCCUGCAUGGUGGUGUGGCUUGCGGAUCCCUCACAGAGAUUACAGGUCCACCAGGUUGUGGAAAAACUCAGUUUUGUAUAAUGAUGAGUGUUUUGGCCACAUUACCCACUAACAUGGGAGGAUUAGAAGGAGCUGUUGUGUACAUUGACACAGAAUCAGCAUUUAGUGCUGAAAGACUGGUUGAGAUAGCAGAAUCUCGUUUUCCCAGAUAUUUUAACACUGAAGAAAAAUUACUUUUGACAAGCAGUAAAGUUCAUCUUUAUCGGGAACUCAGCUGUGAUGAAGUUCUACAAAGGAUUGAAUCCUUAGAAGAAGAAAUUAUUUCAAAAGGAGUUAAACUUGUGAUUAUUGAUUCUGUUGCUUCUGUGGUAAGGAAGGAGUUUGAUACGCAGCUUCAGGGCAACAUGAGAGAAAGGAACAAGUUCUUGGCAAAAGAAGCAGCCUCCUUGAAAUAUUUGGCUGAGGAAUUUUCAAUCCCAGUUAUCUUGACGAAUCAAAUUACAACCCAUCUGAGCAGAGCCCUAGCUUCUCAGGCAGACCUGGUGUCUCCAGCUGAUGAUUUGUCCCUGUCUGAAGGUACUUCUGGAUCCAGCUGUGUGACAGCUGCACUAGGAAACACCUGGAGCCACAGUGUGAAUACUCGGCUGAUUUUCCAGUACCUUGGUUCAGAGAGAAGACAGAUUCUCGUGGCCAAGUCCCCUCUGGCUCCCUUCGCCUCAUUUGUCUACACCAUCAAGAAGGAAGGCCUGGUUCUUCAAGCUGAGUUGUGACACCCUCCCUACCAUGGAUUAAAGGAGGCUGCUCAGGGAAGGCAACAGUGGAAUGCGCUUGGAUUCCAACAGCAUGGUGACCACACAAGGACAGUGGGAAGUGAAGGUUGGAAGAAGACCCGGAAGUGGGAACAAGAAGAGUGAUGAUCCUCCAUGCCCAGGUCGCCGGGGAAGCUGGACGUGCUGAAAGGAGCCACACUCAUUGAGCAGAGUCUUGGACACGCCCCUUCCUGUUUGCUUCACUUGUCAUGUACUCACCAAUAAAGAGGAAGAGGGGCACUGUCUCCUUGGCUUUUCCAUCCAUAACUCCCUCCAGAAUUCCCCUCCAACAUGGAUGCUUUGCCAGAAAUAAUGGUAUGGUCGUGUCAUAACCACAGAUCCUUCUGAUGGUUAAAAUCAAAUCAACACCAACAGCCCUGAUGGUCUGGUGCCCUCCUUCCCUGGGCAUUCCCCCUCGCUGGGCAUUCCCUUUGUGUGAGGCAUGGGGGGCUGCUUGUUGCAAUUUUGCUGCUCCCCAGGGUUUCCCACAAGUGUCUGCAACGAGCAUCUCUCCCCUUGUUGCUAAGGGAUCCUGGGUUAGUGUACCAUGUAGGGCUCUGGCUCCACCAUUGGACUUGCAAGCCUAAGCCCUGAGGAUAUGGAACUGAUUGGCCAACCACCGGGAUGCCCAACACUGUCCUCCUGUCACUACUGGAUCCCAUUGGAGGAAUGGAGUUGUGGGAAGCUGCCUGCCUCCCGAGAACUGUAUGGAGCCAGGCAUGGACGCACGCGGCAGGUAACUUGCAGAUGAUCAAAGGGAAGCUCACUCUCCCUAUUCUCUGAAGGUCCCGUUCCCUGAGAGACAUAGCCAAACCCUCCUUUUCAGAUGGCUAUGAUAUUGUGUCCCUCCAUUCCAGGACUGAGGAAAUGGAUGCUUUCCAGGACUCCGGGAGCCAAACCCCCUCUUCCAUCAGGAGGCCCUGCUUUCAUGGGCCAAUAGGGGACCUGCAAAACCCCAGAGGCCUUAAUUGUACUAUAAAUGUGAGGGUACAGGUACAGUUGUGUGUGUGCGUGUGUGUGUGUGUGUGUGUGUGUGUUUGUGUUCAAGGGAAGGGACAGAGGGGCUGAGCAGGUCUGUCAAAGGGAGGAAUCUGUCCCAAGAAGAGGACUGAGGGGCCCAAAAUGCUUUAAACAUACGCAUACUAGUUUUAAAAUAAUCACAACAAUAAGACAAUUUUUUGGCUGUCGUUUAGUGAGAUCUUUCUCUGUGUCGGGCACUUAGCAUAUAUUAUCUCAUUUAAUUCUCAGAAAAACCAUGUGAGUUACAAGUAUUACUAUCUAAUUUUUCAAAUGGGGAAACAAGCAUUGAAAAGUUAGGUCACUUGCCAACAAUCAUAGAUGUGAGACAUGGCAAAGCCAAGAUUAGAACCCCGGUUUCUGACCCAGAGCCCGAAGUCUUCUACCCACAGGUAGCAAUGACAGUGAUAACUCCAUCAAUACCAAUAACUGCCUACACUUAGAGUGCACUUGCCAUAUGCCAGACACUGCUCUAAGUGCUUCACGUAGAUUCACUGAAUUCAUUCUCACAAAACACUAUUUACUGUUAUCUCGUUGUACAGAUGAGGUAACUGAGGCACAGAGCAUUUUGACAUUGAUUUCCUUCAACAAAUGUACACUCAACACCUCUUGUGUGUGCGGCGCUACACUAGGGGCUCUGUGUGGGACCCAGAGUUGAGUAAGACAUUGAUCUUACCCUCUGGGAUCUAUCAGCAAGGCCCAAGGCCACGGCCACCAGGAUGGGCUCAGGAUGGGAUUGUAGAACUUGAAAUGGGGAGGGUAAGAAGAGAGUAUCCUACAGUAUCCUAGAGAGAUGAGCAUACUAGGAAGUCUCCAAAGCAGGAUCCCAAGCACAGGAGCAAGACAGCAUCCUGUCAUCAGACUAAGGUCCAAAGUCAGCUCUGGGCCAGCAGCAGGACAGAUAGAACCAAAGCCAUUUUAUUCCACCUGCAGUGUGGCCUUGAGAGCAGGAUUCCAGAGCCAACCUGCCAGGUUCGUAUCGUCACGCUGAUACUCUUUAGCGGUGUGACUUGGGCAAGUUAAUGGACUUCUUUGGGCCUCAGUAUCCCCUUCUGGAAAAUGGGGAUAAUAACAGUACCCAUCUCAUAUAGUUGUGUAAGAACUAAAUGAGAUAAUACAUGAGAUGCCCUUAGAGCAGGACCUGGACCUCUGGGUUAGUUUUCUGUGUCAGUUAGCUCUCUGGGUCAGUUUUUAAGCUCUCUCAACCUGUGAUCACAUUGGUUCUUUGAGUCUGAACUAGGCAGAGGCUGUGAGUAGGGGCCAAGUUGUCCCGGUGGUAGGGAGAAGAAAACUAUAGAAGAAACCAAUUAGGGCCUGUCCCUGUCGUCUUCAAGGGGACGGAGAGAUGAAAUCUGAUGGGACAGAAAGGGAAUUCACAUCCUCGGAAUAACAGACUGGCAAGCGGGCGUGAGGCUCUUCCUUCUUAAUUGUCAGAGGCCAAGAUGCAGGUGCCUGGUACCUGGGCUGAUGGGAAACGCAGAAUUUCUCCAGGCUGGCAUUUAUAGUGGUGCCACUAUUAUGGUACAAUUAUGGGCAUGAAGGGAGGCUACCACUGUGUUUGCACAGCUUCUCAAUCACCCAGGACAGGAAUAUUGAACUGUACCCAGCAUCCACUCUGUAAAAUUCCCCAACCUCAGUCUCUAGCUUGGAAGAAAGGCAGGGGUGGCCGGGGGAGGUGGUGGAAGGCAGCCAUGUCCUGUUGCAGUAAAUCUUUCCUAGAAGCCCUGCCUGCAUUCCUAGGAAAGGAGACAGCUGAGCUCAUCCGCCAGGGCUAGAUCAGCCCAGAAAGAAUCCUUUGCAUCCCUC